AUGGAGAUGAUGUUUCGAGAUAUUAUCAAAGAUUCUAUCAACCAGUAUACGCGGAAAAAUAGUUAUGCAGCAUUUGUGAACACAAUACAAUUACAGCAUAAAUGUUGUGGUGCAGAUUCAGUCAUGGAUUAUACUGUGAAUAAUCUCUCAGUACCAGUUUCAUGUUAUCCUGACAAAGCUAAAAUACCGCAUGACGAAGGUUGCGCAGAAAUGCUUGACGCGAAACUCCAAUGCUAUUUAACUUACAUUAUUUCAAUACUGGUCAUGUUUUUACCAAUGGCCAUAACUUCAAUGGUUUGUGGUAUACUUAUGCUACACAAAGUGAAAUUCGUCCCAUGGAAAACAAGAUUUGCUCAUUGUUGA